AUGACGGGCCAGAUCCAGUUGGUUAUUAUUUCUAUAGGUGGCGGACAUGCUACAGGAGUGAUGGAGGCUGGUACGCAGAUCAAGCAAUCCCUAGUAAAGAUCUUCCCACAUACAAAUAUCAGAAUAAUCGAUCUUGAUGCGUUGAGCGAUCGAAAGCCCAAGUAUUACAGUCAUAAGGACUAUGAUUUUGACGCAGUUCACCGCCAGCUGACUGAAGGCGGGCAUUUUACUAAGACUGUCGCUAUUAAGAACGCAAAUGAUGCGAACUCAAGCGAUCCCAUUGAAUUGGUCUUGCUAUGUGGUUGUUACGCAUUGUUUGAUGAAAGAAUCAAUAACUUGGCUCAACUGAAGGUGUUUUUGGAUAGUGAUGGGGAUAAGAGGCUCAUAAAUCUGAUAAACUUGAGAAAGAUCGCUACGGGAGAGGAAUUGUCAGAGCUAUUGACUGAAUACAUGGACCAUUUGAGAGUUGAAAUGCAUAAAUUUAUUGGUCCUACGAGGGCCAACGCUGACCUGAUCAUACCAUGUACGAAUGAUAACACAGGCUGUGCGAUUAUUACAGAUGGUAUCGUCAGAGUGGUUCAAGAUAUUAGAGGAAGCGGGCACCACACACAUUCAUUUGCAAAGCAGUCCCCUCUGCUGCUAGACUUUGAAGCAGAGAGAAUGAAUGUAGAGAAGGAGAGGUAUUAUGAUUUAGCGUAA